AUUUCAAAAAUCUCAAAACUGUUGAGUCACAAUUUGUUACCUAGCAACCCCGAGCCAAGUCCAGCCCCUCACCUGGCAACCAGGUGGAGCUCCGCCCACCUCCUUCCUGACGCUAAGCUAUCGUCGCAAUGACGGCCGGAGAAGGAAAAUGUUGUUUUAUCGGCUGUAGUGCAGAUUCCAGUUAUUUUCUCCCAGUUACGGAGAAUAGAGCCGCGUCGCUUCAUUUCAAGCAGAGACAUUUGUUUGCAUUUUGCGAUGUUGCCAAAGAAAGUUGUAGUUUAGCAGCUGAGUUCAGGAAGGAUGAAAAGUAUCAACGUGGUAGGAUUUACCGGGAUACUGGUACUGAAGCUUCUGUGCUUCGCUAAUCUGCGGAUGAUGUGGCGAUGCUGGCUCCGCCCCCCCAGCCGUUCCCCACUGUGGACGUCCCUGACCACGCCCACUACACCAUCGGCUCCGUCAUCCUGGCCAUCGGCGUCACGGGCGUGGUCGGGAACUUCCUGGUGAUCUACGCCUUCAGCAGGAGCCGCAGCCUGCGCACGCCGGCCAACAUGUUCAUCAUCAACCUGGCCGUCACCGACCUGCUGAUGUGCCUCACCCAGUCGCCCGUCUUCUUCACCACCAGCAUGAACAAGAGGUGGAUCUUUGGAGAGAAAGGCUGCGAGCUCUAUGCAUUCUGCGGCGCCCUCUUCGGGAUCUGCUCCAUGAUCACGCUGAUGGUGAUCGCCAUUGACCGUUACUUCGUCAUCACGCGCCCUCUGACCUCCAUCGGCGCGUUGUCACGGAAACGGGCGCUCCUCAUCCUGCUGGCGGUGUGGGCGUAUUCGCUGGGCUGGAGCCUGCCGCCGUUUUUCGGCUGGAGUGCCUACGUACCUGAAGGCCUCCUCACUUCCUGUACCUGGGACUACAUGACCUUUACCCCCUCGGUGCGGGCCUACACCAUGCUGCUCUUCAUAUUCGUCUUCUUCCUGCCGCUCUUCAUCAUCAUCUACUGCUACGUCUUCAUCUUCAGAGCCAUCCGCUCCACCAACCGGGCGGUGGGGAAGCUCAGCAGCUCUCGGGACGCGGUGAAAAGUUUCCACCGGCUGCAGAACGAGUGGAAGAUGGCGAAGAUUGCUCUGAUCGUCAUCCUGCUGUACGUCGUGUCCUGGUCGCCGUACUCCGCCGUCGCCCUCACCGCCUUCGCAGGGUACGCGGACAUGUUGACCCCCUACAUGAACUCUGUCCCCGCUGUCAUCGCCAAGGCCUCCGCCAUCCACAACCCCAUCAUCUACGCCAUCACACACCCGAAGUACAGGCUGGCUCUGGCCAAGUACGUCCCGUGUCUGGGCGCGCUGCUGUGCGUUCGUCUGCGUGACCUUCGCUCCUCCAGCAGCAGCUUCCUGUCGACGCGCCGCUCCACCGUCACCAGUCAGAGCUCCGACAUCAGCAGCCAAUACCGGCACGGUGCCGCCAAGUCCCGCCUCUCCUCCGCCUCCGACAGCGAAUCGGGUCUGACGGACACGGAGGCCGACCUGUCCAGCCUGGGCUCGCGGCCGGCGAGUCGCCAGGUUUCCUGUGACAUCAGCAGAGACACCGCCGAGCCGCCGGGCGGAAAACAGUCGACCAGCUUCAAGGCCAAGCUGAGGAACCACGACUCAGGAAUCUUUGAAAAGUCGUCGUUUGACACCAUGUCCAUGGGAGGAGUCAGUGAACGCAGCAGCGUCCCAAAUAGUGGGGACGCCUCAGAGGGACAGCUGAUGAGGGGACAGAUCGGCCGGAUCCCCAGCAUCGUCAUCACCUCAGAGACCAGCCCCUUCCUGUCCAUCGGCCGGAGCGGGUCGCGGACGUCUGGGCCCAAAGCGUCGGGCGGCAUCCUGGGGGCGGGGCCAGGGUAGAGCCCCGCCCCCCAGUCAUGUGACCGGCUCAGAUCCAAGCAGAUGAAACCAGAG